AUGUUCGGAAGUAAGACAAUCCAAAUCCCAUCAGAAUUUCAAAUCAGUGCCUCUGCAGGAGGAAAGUAUACCAUUUCAUUCCAGGAACAAAAUGGAAUCCACUUGAAUAAGGAUGCUCCUAACAGUUUCAAUAUUAAAUCCAGUGAUGAAAGCAUUGUUUCCAUCUCAUCACCAGCCACAGGAAAGCUCGGAGCUGCUACUAAAAUUGAUAUUCAAUUGAAUGGACACAAGACAUCAUCCACACCUGUUACUGUCACUAUUGAUUGUAGAUUGUAUGUUUGUAGUGAUAAGGGAAUGUGUUCCAUGAAGAAUGAAAGUAUAGUCCUGAAUGUUGUAGUUGUCGAUUCCGAAGCAACCACUGGUACUCAUAAACACAUCUUGACAAUGGAAUAA